AUGAUUGACACAAACGAGUUUUACGUGGACUUCAAGAAGGAAAUCCAAGAUAUCCGCCAGUCCCUGGACGCGAAAGCCAUCGCACCACCUCAAGCACUGGAGAGACAAGAUGUUUUGGCAUCUAAAUGCCGUCAUAACCUCAUGUACUUGCCCGUGAGAGAUCAAGACACAUACAAUGGUGACUUACGUGACCUACUCACAUUCAUCCGGAUCCAUGCGACCCAAUCAAAAGCCAAGUUCAAGUUCAGUCACCGGAAGCUGACCCUUAAAGGUGAUACCAAGGCAACCAAGCACAUGCUGACAAAAGGUGAUACUUCUCAAGAGGAGGAGUCCUGCGACAUUGUCAGUGACUUUAAUGAUACCUUUGUAUCUAAGCCCACUAAUGACCACUCUGUCACGAAGGUCAAGGUUUUUAACAUUUCCAAGUCAGUUGUUGUGAUGGACCAAGCGACCUACUCGACAGCAGAGAUUGACGACAUCUCAGAUAGCAUCAUCUUCCUCUACAGAGUAAAUGGUCCAGUGUACAUUAAUUGCGUCACCAACUCAAUCCUUGUCCUGGCAUGUCACCAGUUCCGAAUGCACAAGUCAGACUCCGUGUCCACUUUCGUCAGCUGUUCGUCAAAACGCCCCAUCAUUGAGAAUUGCACAUCUGUAACGUUUGGUGACUUCCCUGAUACAGGCAGUUUCAACUCGUUGGUGGCGUGGGAGGCCAUUGACGACUUUUCCAAUCUCUCUAGUGAUAGAGUGUGGACGAGAAAGGAUAACGGAGAGGUGAAAAGGGCAGUGGAGAGGGGUUUAAACAAGGAUGACUUGGUGCUUUUGCCAUCACAUUGA